GAGGAUCUCUAUUAUAACUUCACCCUCUCCAAAAACCCUCUGAACUGAAAGAGCGUGAGAUCCAGUAGGGACGAAAAUGUCAGUGUGCAGAGAAAACGCGAACAUCCGAGACAACCACCGCCGUCUGCUGGCGGAGAAGUUCGAGCUGCGGCGGAACCUGUACAAGGCGCUGUGCAAAGACACGAGCCUCCCCGACGGGUUGCGCGAGGAGAAUCGGUACAAGCUCUCGAAGCUUCCUCGGAACAGCUCCUUCACCCGAAUCAGGAACCGCUGCAUCUUCUCCGGCCGAGGCCGCGCCGUCUACGAGACCUUCCGCAUGUCCCGCAUCGUCUUCCGCGCUCUCGCCUCCAAGGGCAUGCUCAACGGCGUCAAGAAGGCUUCCUGGUAGCCAAACGGUACUGAUAAGACUGCAGAAGUUAGGAAAAGACAUUUGUUGCUGUACUAUCAUUCGGUAGUUCUUGAGAAGUUAGGUUCUCUCUUUGGUGGAGUAGUCUUGUUAAUUGGUAGGUCUGGCAAUUUAGUUUAGUUUCUGUUCAGGGUAUGUCUUGGGGGACGUUUUAUAUCUCUCUCAAAACUCUUUUCCCGUUUACUUAAUAAAGAAUGCUUCUCUUAGGUUGUUGAAUCCUCUA